AUGGCAGAGGGGGAGAUGGCAAGGCCGCUCCUCCGGCUGGUGCAGGAAGGACGACUGGACCUCCUCCGGGAUGAGCUGCGGCCGGACGACGUGCUGGGCUCAGCGGUGCAGAGCCGACGCUAUGGACGCUCAGGGGACACGCUGCUGCAUCACGCUGCCCGAUACGGACACCGGGAUGUCCUCGCCUACCUGGUAGAGACGCUGGGGAUGGAUGUUGAGGUGUUCAAUAGCGACUACAAAAGACCCCUCCACGAAGCGGCUUCCAUGGGCCACGGGGAGUGUGUCUCAUACCUCAUGGAGAGAGGCGUGAGCGUAGACUGCUUGAAAAAGGCAGACUGGACUCCCCUAAUGAUGGCUUGUACCAGGCAAAACCUGGAGGUGAUUAAAGCUCUUGUGGAGCAUGGAGCCAACCCGCUGCUGAAGAACAAGGAUGGCUGGAAUUGCUUCCACAUCGCGAGCCGGGAGGGCCAUCCCUGGGUCCUCCGGUACCUGCUGGAUGUGUCUCCGGGCAGCUGGGACACGGAGAGCACGAUAAAGAGAACUCCUCUGCACACUGCAGCAAUGCAUGGCUGUUUUGAUGUUGUGGAGCUACUCCUGGAGCGGUGCCAGUACAAACCUGACAGCAGAGACAAAUGUGGAGUCACUCCCUUUAUGGAUGCCAUCCAGAAUGGGCAUGUCAACAUUGCCCGGCUGCUCCUGGAAAAACACCAGGCCUGUCCUACAGCCAUGGACGCGCUGGGUGCUCAACCUCUGCACCGGGCAGCUGUCACGGCCCAGGAUGAAGCCAUCCAAUUCCUUGUCUCCGAGCUGGGUGUCAAUGUCAAUGAGAGAGCGACGACCCUCCAGCUCACAGCGCUACACUACGCAGCCAAGGAAGGACAUGUGCACACCAUCCAGACGCUGCUGUCCCUUGGUGCUGAUAUCCACGCAAAGGAUGAGAAGAGCCGUUCCGCCCUGCACGCAGCGUGUGCUGGGCAGCAGGCGGCUGCUGCACGGAUCCUGCUCUGCGCCGGGCUACAGGACACGCCGGAUAGCACGGGCACACUGGCACGGCAGCUCGCGAGGAAGCCAGAUGUCAUCCAGGUUUUCCAGGAAACAAACGACAGCGCAUGAGACCAACUGGGAAAGAGAGAAGCACGUUUCAUUUCAGCGUG